UCCUCUUCGCUCAUCAACACUCUAUCACUGGGCCACUCAAAAGCUUUGCCCGCAAAUGCGCCUCCUCCUCCUCCUCGUGGCCGUCUCGCUGUCCGUCUCGGCACGCCCUUCCGCGCACGUCCGUCCCUCUCCGCUCCGCCGCGUUGUCUUCAGCGGCGAGAAGAAGGUCGCACUCAAGCCGGCGGCCGCAGUCAAGUCCUCGGCGGCUGAAGUGCGUGAGGCUGCCGCUACCUACGGCACCCGGCCGUCCCCGCUCCGUCGCGCGGUGUUUGGCCGCAGCUCCUCGCGCCUGCGUGACCUCGUGAUGAUGGACGUCGAUCCCUCCGCCUGGGACGGCGCCCCGGUUAGCGCGACUGCCAGCAAGAAGGUGGCUCUCGAGGCCGCGGCAGUCGAGGUGCGCGAGGCCGCCUCCGCAUUUGGCGGCGACACCGCCAAGUUCGCCGAGCGGUGGGCGGCUAAGCUCGCGCGGUCCGGCACGCUGGCGAGCUCCUCGGACUUCCAGCUCCUCGAAGAAUGCCUGGUGUCGGAGGGCUCGCCAGAGUGCUUGCGGCUCGAGGAGGGCAUCAAGAAGAUGACCGCGCUCGCGGGUAGCGAGUGGGACGGCACCAACUCGUAGCGCGGCCAAAGGGAGAGGCGGAGGGAGGGGUGGGUGUGGGUUGGCAGGUUGUCGCUACUCGCCCGCGCGGGCGCGGAGGGGACACGGCAUGUCUCGAGACUGGCUCCUGGACAUCAAACGCUCGCGGCCGCGCUGCCGCCGGCGGCAGCAGCACCCGCGCGCAGGUCUGCGCCGCCCAUGGCCCCCAGUACGACGCCCGGGCUGUGCCGCCCCGGGAUAUGCGUCUCAGCGUGGACAGAACGGUAGUACUUUGCUCUUAUUUCUGUUUAUUUGUCGGAUGUCGCUUUAGCAAUUAGCAUCGAUUACUGAAACACAGAAUCCGUUGCAAGAAAUAGUGUGUUUGCGUCCCUUUCCCGCGGAAAGAGUUGCCCCCCCCGGCGCGGCUCUCUGCCGAUCUCAACGACCAUUCCGCAUUCGACCUCCGCGCGGAAUCCUCCGAUCCUCGUGUGCGAGCCUGCGCACCGGCGACACCGACCACGACCGGAUCGCCCCCUGUCCUCUAUCCACACUCACAAAGAAGAUCUCUGCUGUCCCCCCGCGCGUGAAGAGAGAUACCGAACCCCGGCCACGCGACGGGUCGGCCCCGCCCCGCCGCCCCUGCCGGCUAGCUCGCUUGCGCUGGCCUGCACCGCCGUCGGGCUGCAUCGGCUCCUCCGCUGAACCGUCGGCGAUCGGAGUUGUUUGGCCGCAUUGCCCGGGGGGGAAAAGGGGGGAUGCCGCCAGCACGAGCAGGGCGACCCCGAGCCGACCGCCUGACUCGUCGCCAUCAACUCGGCUGCAGCGGAGAUCGUCGGUUCAGCUCCGCUGGGAGCGCGGCGAGUUCUCCCACUGGCUCGUGACGGUAUCGACCGCGCCGCAGGCGGCCAAGAUGGUGGCGGGCGGCUGGAGGUAGGAGAUGAGGCUCCAGUCCUGCAACAAAAAGGCGGGCAGUGCCGCGGAUCGGAGAUAGAGAGUGAGCGAGACAGGUGGGCCGAGCUCAGGAGCCGAGGCGAGGGAGAGGGAGAGGGAGGAGACCUGCAUCGCCAGUGGGAUGAGGAGGAGGAGCAUUAACAGCUGGCUUCCAAAGCGGAGGUGGUGAGGUGGUGGUGGGAGUCUGCUGCACGCUGAUCCGCAAGCAAAGGAUGAACCCACCGGCGAGGGCACCAAGGACGCAGCAAAGUACGCCCCACAGAUGUCGCAGCUGUCGAAGCAAGCCGUGGAUGUGGCGGAUGUCCUCGGCGUUGUCCAUUCGGGCGCCUGCCAAAGUUUCGUGGUAGGAGGGAGCAAGGCGGAUCCGG